AUGUGUUUAUGUCUUUCGGAUUUAUUUCUUAUUGUUCUUUCAGUAUUAUUCCCACCAUUACCUGUUUGGAUUAGAAAAGGAUGUUGUUCAUGUGAUUCAUUAAUUAAUAUUGCCUUAUGUAUGUUAGGAUAUUUCCCAGGGUUAAUUCAUUCAUGGUAUAUAAUAGCUAAAUAUCCUCCUUAUUAUUAUCAACAACAACAACAACAACAACAACGUAAAGAUACCAUUUAUUAUGUUUAUCGAAGUGAUUUAGAAAAUCAAACACCAAGAAGAGAUGGCAGAGAUGGGAGAGAUGAAUGUCAUCAUGACCACCACCACCACCAUCAUCAUCAUCACAACCAGGCAGAAUCACAAAGUGCGGGAUUAAUAGUUUCUAAUAAUCAUAAUAAUAAUAAUAAUAACUAUGGAUCUGUGGUUGAAGGUUCAUCAUCAUCGAAUUUGACUCCUGUGGCUCCUAUUCCUGUUGAAAAUGGAGCUCCACCACCAGCUUAUACUGAGAUUGAUAAUAAAACACAACAUUAA